AUGGGGGGGCAAGGAGAGGGAACCAGGAAGGGGCGGGCAAGGGGCAUGGCGGGUCUGAGAGGACCGGCGCAGAGCCACGGGUGGGAUAGAAGGGCCGGAAGGCAAAGGGGCAGAAGACCGGGGAGGGACACCGGGGGGUGCCACAGGGCGGCGGGGCCGACGGGGGGCAGACGAGGGAGGGGGCCGAGCGGCAAGCCGGACAGAGGGGCGGGAGGCCCGGGAGGGACGGCGGGGAGGGGCAAGGCCCGCAGGAAGGGGGGGCGCGGUAAGGAGGGCAGACAACUGGGCGAUGGAGGGAGGAUGGCAUCUAUCAUGGUGCCGAUCAUAUCGGACAAAAUGCAUUUGCAAUGCAAACGCUUUGCAAACAACCCCGGUAUCAACUUGAUGCCGGGGAUGUUAAACAUGGAGUCCAAGUUCUCCGAGGGAGUCCUUUCCGUAUACGUUUCUAGUGAAUUCAAUCAUUUCGUCAUGGAUGGGAUACGAUAUCCUAAUGAACAUUCGAUCAAUAUUGUCCUUGCAUACUACUAG